CAAUGUUAAACUUGGACGCCUAUAUAGUUCCAUGACGCUUGACUCAAACUUCGCCAUUCCUGAAUCGACGUGCAAGAUAGACAACUCGCCUGCGAAGUCUGUAACCCCCAGCGCAACUGUAAACAGUACCUUUGCAGCAUAUAACUCACCUAGCAUAGACAGAUAGGAGAAUAACGCAGUGACGUUGGCCGCACAUGGCCACGCGAUGGGGCGGUCAGUCCCAGCAGCUCGGUCUUUGGGCGUGCAUACUGGCAAUCUUGGUGCUCUGGCAGCGAGCCUAUGCCUAUGAACCCCGCCCCGUCCCGCUGGUCCUGCCCGCGCCCGCCUCCUCCUCGCGCGCCUCCCAGCUGGUGCUGCAGCCGCAGGGGCUGGCGCUGCUGGCGGGGCUGCGCGGCCCCGUGGCGCCCGUGGUGGUGAUCGGGCCGUACCGCUCCGGCAAGUCCUUCACGCUCAACCAGCUGCUGGGGGUGCCGUGCGACCAGGGCUUCGGUGUGGGUCACACGCGCUCCACGGAGACCAAGGGCAUCUGGAUCUGGGGCACACCCAUACCGAGGAACAGCAGCGGCGGCAGCAGCAGCAGCGGCAGUGUGGAUGGGGGGAGCAGCGGUAGCAGCAACAGCAGUAGCAGCAGCACCGGGCCGCAGGAGGGGCAGGGGCAGCGGGGCCAGGGCGGGGACCAGCUGGGAGCAGCAGCAGCAGCAGGUGGCGGGGGAGGAGGCGGAGGAGAUGCGGAGGAGACCAUGCUCCUGUUCGUGGACACGGAGGGCUUCGAGAGCACGGGCAAGGCCGACAGCUACGACGACCGCAUCUUCGCGCUGUCUGCGCUGCUGUCCAGCCUGCUGGUGUACAACCUGCCAGAGACCAUCCGCGAGAGCGAUGUGGCCAAGCUGUCCUUCGCGGUGGAGCUGGCGGCAGGCUUCUACGAGCGGCAGGAGCAGCAGCAGGACGCCAGCAGCGGCAACACAACCUCCUCCUCCUCCUCCUCCUCCACCUCCCCCGCCCCCUCCUCUGUUGAGCCGGGCGCCAUGCUGUGGCUCAUCCAGCGCGACUUCCUGCGCGGCCUGACCGCGGACCAGCUGGUGGCGCAGGUGCUGGCGCCCGUGCCCAACCCGGGGGGCGACCCGGAGGUGGAGGCGCUGAACCAGG